AUGGCGGGGGCUGGUAGCAGCCUGGUCCUAGCUAAUGAGGGACAAUUAGCCCCAAACCUGGUGGGGGAGGUUGAGAGAGUCAGACGAAACGUGGCCCUCUAUCACAAAACACUAGAACCCAAGACGGUUCUGAGCAAGAGAUUUCACCCAAAUAACCUCAAUCAUUGUAGACCGAGCUCCAAGACCAAAGAAGGAGCUCCCAGGAGGAACCCCUUGCCCCAGUCUUCCCAGUUCCUGCCCUUCUGUGACAAGUGUCAGCGUGGAACAUGCCACAGGAUGGUGGGCCGGGGAGAGGGGAGAUGUGUGGAUGCCUCCUUCUCAUGUCCAGGGACCAGCAGUGUGAAUCAGCUGGGGGGGCUUUUUGUGAACGGCCGGCCCCUGCCCCUGGACACCCGGCAGCAGAUUGUUCGGCUGGCAGUCAGCGGGAUGCGGCCCUGCGACAUCUCACGGAGCCUUAAGGUAUCUAAUGGCUGUGUGAGCAAGAUCCUAGCGCGUUACUACCGCACAGGUGUCUUGGAGCCCAAGGGGAUUGGGGGAAGCAAACCCCGACUGGCCACACCCUCUGUGGUGGCUCGAAUUGCCCAGCUGAAGGGUGAGCGCCCUGCCCUCUUUGCCUGGGAGAUCCAACGCCAGCUCUGUGCUGAAGGGCUUUGCACCCAGGACAAGACUCCCAGUGUCUCUUCCAUCAACCGAGUCCUGCGGGCACUACAGGAGGACCACCGACUGCCCUGGGCACAGCUCAGGUCACCAGAUGUUUUGACUCCAGUUCCUCACACUCCCCGCAGUGGCUGUGAGGUUCCUCGGGGUCCCCACCCAGGGACUGGCCACCGGAAUCGGACCAUCUUCUCCCCAGGCCAAGCCGAGGCUCUGGAGAAAGAGUUCCAGCGUGGGCAGUAUCCUGACUCGGUGGCCCGUGGAAAGCUGGCCGCUGCCACCUCUCUGCCUGAGGACACGGUGAGGGUCUGGUUUUCCAACCGAAGAGCCAAAUGGCGCCGACAAGAGAAGCUCAAGUGGGAAAUGCAGAUUCCAGGUGCUUCCCAUGUACCAACUGUGCCCAAUGCCUCCCCUGGGAUCAUCUCUGCACAGCCCCCUGGGAGUGUGUCUUCAGCAGUCCUGCCUGCCCUGGAAUCCUUGGGUCCCUCCUGCUAUCAGCUGUGCUGGGGGACAGCACCGGACAGGUGUCUGAGUGACAACCCGCCCCAAGCCUCUCUCAAGCCCUGCUGGGGCCACCUGCCUCCUCAGCUGAGCUCCCUGGAUUCAGUAGUGCUUUGCCAUCCUUACCCUUCCUUCCACUGCCUCCGUGGCCAGUGUUGGUGCCCCUGCGGCCUUGCUGUGGUCCAGCUCCCCACCCCUGCAAGGCCUGGAAUGAGGGAGGAAGGCCAGAGUGGAAAGGAGAUGGGGUGGGGAGGAUCUAAUAUCAUCCUGCCCAAGCAGAUUACUGGUUCCUCUUCCUUCCUGUGA